AUGAAGAACAAUAGUGCCCUUCUGAGGCUGAAAGGAUGGCCCAAGAUCCAUCAUCCACUUCCCCAGACUCCGCGAGAGUCUCAACAGCUUUUGUCCGCUUUAACAUCAUCUUUCCGCCGUCAACUCGAUGCUGCAGAUACACAUAAACCGGCACAGUCCGCGAGUGAACAUUUGGAUGCUAUUCUGGAGAACCCGCUGUUCCGCGUUGUCCCAUCCAAACCGACCUACCCUACUCAUGAAUCAAGUCAGAAAAGGCAACAAGCGACCGAAGAUGCAUUGAAAUUGGCAAAGGACCCAAUGAGAUUGCUCGAUGACAAUGUGGCUGCCGGUACACUCACUGGCCGUAUACUCAAAGAGGUCUUGCGAUCACAAUUGGCAUUAAUCAAGGCAGAUUCCAAGGAUGUGCAGCAAGAAAUGAAGAGCACAGGUGCAGGAGCAAGAGUGGCCAAAUGGUUCUGGGCUUCGGAUUCGGCUUCACGAAAGUCGUUCUUCAAAAACGUUGGCGCUUCCAAAGCUUCUAUCAUGUUCAUGGUAGCAGAAGGUCUUCAUAAGGAGCUCAGAGCCUUAUUGCGCGCACUAUACAGAGCCGACUUGGGUGGUGGUAAUGGCCAGAUCCCCAGACGCAUUGCGGACAAACUAUUCGCUACAUUCUUAUUAGAUUAUAUUGAGGCCGAGAUUCAACACGGGCAAGGACUCCCGAAAGUGGCAGAUUCCAUUCCAAAAGAUCCUGAGUCAACUACAUAUCGUGAAUCGUUACUCAAGGCGACAGUUUUCCAUUUUGCUCGCUUUAUGGGGCAGGACGUGAGUGCUGGGAUAUUCAAAGAGGUCCCUUCUUCGUUAUUCGACCGGUAUUGUAACAUACUGGACACAUUGCCGGGCCUCAGACCUUAUGGCCUUGCGAUGCAGUUAUAUCAUCCAACACAACCGGACUCUCGGCCUUUUCAGAAAUAUCUUCGAGAUGUUCGCACAUCACCAUCUCCACCACGAACUGAGAUGGGACAAGAUCUUUUGCUUCAAACUAGCCUCAACGCAUUACGUCUUCUUAUAGACCAGGAGAAAUACCGAGAUGCCACGAAGUUCUCCCGUCAUGUCAAGAAUAUGCUGUUCGAAGAGCGAGUGUUGCAUCGUCAAAACGACAGCUUUUCUCCUCAGAUGGAUCAGUUAAUGGACCGGCUGACCUCGGCUGAAAAUGGGCUAUCGUUUCGGUGGGAUCCGUUGUGA